CUUCUUAUUUGCUUUGCUAUGCUAUGCUAUGCUAUGCUAUGCUAUGCUUCGAUUUGUUUGCCUUGCUAUGCUUCGAUUUGCUUGCCUUGAUUUUUUUCCUGCUUGAGAAAUGAAAAAUCAUGGGAAUGUACAACUCUGCAUCGAGCUGCCCGUUUCCCCUCGCCCCUUCCCUUUCGCGAUCCCCCCAGGAAAGCUGCUAGGAAGUCCGCAUGUCAACACUGCCGGGGGGGAAAAUGAACGCAAACAAUAGGCAGCUAGUCAAGGAUAUCUACAAAAUAGGACUAGACCACAAGGACUUCAUCAACAUAGAAAACCUGGAAGAAAUAUAUGAAAAGAAAAAAAAUGUAAAGCUACGGAGAAGCGAAAUUGUGUACGCGCUGAACAUCCUCGAAAAUGCCAGAGCCUGCGCGAUCAAGAAUGAAAACAACACAAUCAUAACGAGGAUGCGAAGUGAAGAAGUCACCAAGAAAUUGAAAGAGCUGAGCGACAUUGAUUUUUUAAUUUUCACCAAAGUGGAAAAUAGCCAAAACAACGGAAUUUGGACAGCCGACCUGAGGAAGCAAACCAAGUUGCUAAUUCACCAAGUUCAGAAGGGCGUCAAGCUGCUGUGCGAGUGUAAGCUGAUAAAGCAGGUAAAUAACAUUCACGUGAAAAAUCGCAAAAUGUAUAUAUUGUACGAUUUGGAGGCCUCAGAAAAGGUCAUAGGGGGCUCCUUUUACACCGACGGGGAAUUCAACAAGAAGGUGGUGGACUACAUACGGGAGAACAUUUGCUUUUACCUGUACAACAACAACAACUCGAAUGUCCUGUCCGUCAUUAAUUACAUAAAAAACCUCAACAGCAGCAUCGGCUACUUUUCCGACAACGACAUUUACAGAGUAAUAAAGACUUUGCUGUAUGAGGAGCGAAUAAAAAUUUACAAAAAUGGAAACGACGAGGAAAUAAUUUAUUAUUACAAUAAUGAGAAGAAAAGCUACUUUAGCAACUUCCCCUGUUUCUCCUGCGACAUUUUUAACAAAUGUAACUCGGACACGAAGACGGCCAUUAAUCCGAAGAACUGCGUCUACCUGAAUUUUUACCUUAACCUGGAGGUAAUGUGCGAAUGUGUGGCGGGCGGUUAG